AACCAGUUAGACUUGUUUGAAAUAACUGGGGCCAUGAACAGAAAUACAGCUUUCAAGUCUAGGGAAAAGACAGUUUUUGACUGUUUUUUCCCUAGCCAGAAGGAUAACUUACAGGUUUCUAGAUUUGCACUGCACCAGCACAAUGUUGUUUGAAAGUCUUUGAAAUGCUUUGACGUUUACUAGCAAAGCUGACAUACAAAAGGAUUUCUGGGGCUGUCCAUGCAGGUGCCUGAAUAUAUUCCAUCUCAUUUUGAUAAAAAAUGGCCUUUUCCUGCUGCUUCACCUGUUGCCCUUUGUUUGCAGAGUCUCCAGGAGAGAGGGAACCUCUGAAUUCUCAGCAUUCAAGAAAAUGGAGCAGAAAUGUUAAUUUCACCAAGGGGAAACCGCUUACCAUGAAACGAGUCAAUGUGCCUGAACUGGAUGCACUGUUCAACAGCAUUGCUGAGACCUUCAAUAAGCAGCAAGAUCAUUGUUUGUCUCUCCAAGAAGCUAUACAGACCUUAAGAAAUUCCUAUGACUGUUCACCCACAAGCAGCCUUUCUGUCUGCAUAGAGAAGAUCUUGCAGGAACAUAGUGCUUACAAUGUCCAGGUGUGUAUGGAAGGAUACAGGUUUUGGCUAGAGGUGGGAAUGGAGGAAGUCCCUAAGAAACUGAAGCAGACACAGCAGCAGAUCCACCAGAAGCAGAGCCCCAGUUUGUGCUGACAGCUUUCUAAAGCAAAGUUCUGGCACUAUGUGAGAGAAUGGAAAGAAAACACACAUUGACUUGCAGAAGAGAGUAGGAGGACUCACCAAAGCACUUGUUGGCCAAGAUCUGAUUAAAACUGCAAGAAGCCAAGGUUCUAGGCGGAAAGGUGAGAUUCCACAAUAUAUUAUAUAAAUGCACAGCUUUAUGGCCCUCAAAAUGCAUUUCAGGAGAGACCUCAAAUGACUUUGUAAAGUCUUGGUAUAUGAUACGCACAAAGCAUUAAAAAAGCAAACUUCUUGGCUUGUACUAGUUUUUAAAAUGUUAAGUUUCAUUUUUCUUUCUUUUCGUGCAAGUUGUCAAGAUAAGAUUUAAUGUAAAAAUAAUGAAUCAUUCUUCAUGUCCGAAGGAAAAAAAAUCAGAGGUAACAUAAAUCAAGGAAUGGGUUUCAAAAAAACAAAUUUGUUAAUGCACUUAUAAUUUAAGCGACAUUCUGUUAUUUUUGGUCCAUAAGUUGUAUUUAUUAAUAUAAUUGAAAAGUGAGGGAAAGGAAACAAAAGAAGUUCUACCCGAUUUGCUUAUUAGCCCCACCCCCACCCCCCAAAAGUACAUUUUAGCUAAAGCAGCACAAAUUCUGACAUGGAUACUUAAUCUCACUCUUUUGUACCUAACUCCUUCUAGUGGCCUAUCCCCAAGCCUCACAUAGGCUCAUGUAUUGUGCCACGUUAGUCUCAUCAUUACUACUUCAGGGAAUGUAUGGCUGCUCAUCUAAACUUUGGGCAGAGUUCAAGAAUUAAAAUACAAAUGUCAGAGUACAAACAACAACACCCAAGAAUAAAAAGACAACUUAAUUCAUAGAUAACAAGAGCAGCAGCAGGAGAGCUCACCUAACCUCCUGAACUCAAGACCUCAGGAAACAACCAGAUUUUCAGAGCCUUGCAAAACAGGUUUGGAGUCAUUUGGAUCUCCAGGAAGAUGCUGUUCCACAAGGCAGGCACCAAAACCUCCAGAACUAGAGCCUUAACAGUCACAGCCACUCAUUCUUGCCAGGCAAAGUCUGUUUUCCCCUAGUCGUCCUGCACAGCCUCCAAGCACUAGGAAAGGACCUUGUCAGCCCAGGGUAAAGACAUACAACUAGAUAUCAUCAGCAUACAACAUGCAGAUGUUAAAAUAGGAAGGUGGAGAAGGGGGAGUCCUGGGGCACCUCUCAAAGCAGAGAUCUCAGACUUAAUCUCUGCCCAGUAUAAAGUAUAAAGUGGAACUGGUUCUAGAGAAAGGAGGGGAACCACAGUAAUAGAGUGCCUCUUACUCCCAAUUCUUAUGCUAGCCCAGAAGGAUACCAUGCUCAAUGGUAUAAAAAACAACCAAGGAGGGUCAGGAUAGAUAUUCUACUCCCAUCCCAUGCCUACCAGGGGUCACUGACAAGUGCCAUAAAGUAAUCAGCAUUAUAACAAGAGCUGAAUCCUAACUGAAAGAGGUCCACAUAAUCUCCUUCUUCCAGGUCCCUCACAAGCUCUAAACAAGUUUUCUAAGGAGAGGGCACCAGCUUCAAAGUGGAUGUAACCACCCCUCCCAAAGAAAAGCAUUCACCAUUACUCCAUCUUAAUCAACCACAAGUAUCAGGGAUCCAAAACACAGGUCGCUGCGCUCAUAGGAACUACCUACUAAGCUUUUUUUCCCACUUCUCAGUGUUCAAGCAAUUCAGCACUCAUAACAUAUAAUGAUUCAAAAAGCCAGAUGUUUCACUUCUUCAUUUUCUAUGUAUACAUCAAUCAAUCAAUCAGGUCUUUAUUAUGGUUAUAGAUCAGCAUAAAUGUAUACAUCAAUUUAUGAAGAUUUGGAGUCCAUGUCAUAAUCUGGAUUCCACCUGAUCACUUAGGCCAUGAUAUCGACCAACAGAAAAAUACAAAAUUGCCGAGACAUAUGUGCAUGUGUGUGUACAGUGUGUGCAAGUUAAAUCAAUAGAAAUAAUAUACUUUUUCCUAAAGUUAAAUAACUAAAUUUAAAUGGCAAUAUUUGCAAGAACAGGGCCAGACUAAUAUUACUGGUUCUCCUAGGAACUGCAAAAUUCUACUACCCACGAUCAAUUUGCUGGAAAAAAAAGAAAGAAAUAAGAAAUAGGUUAUAGGUCUAAACAGAUUUAUAGGUCUAUUUAAAAAUAUUUAUCAUUUUAAAUGCAGCUGUGUUGUCAUUGACCACAGAUAGACUGGUAAACUACUUAAAAAGAGAAAGACACAUUACACAAAACAAUAUAUCCAGAAUGUUUAAAGAGCUUUUGUCAUGCAUGGUUUAACUUUGAAACAUAUUUUACUGAAUCCCCAUUUAUUUUCUUUCUAACUUUUCUCUCUGUUUCCUUUCCCAUCAUUUUUAAUCACCAAGGUACUUAUGUAAAUAGAAGUAUUCCCUGUACUAAAUGAUGACUUCUUAGUAAUGUAAUGAUGUUGAAAUAAGCUAGUGCCCUCCAGAUAUUUUGGACUUCAGUUCCUUUAAUCUCCAUGACCAUGGUCAAAGCCUUGGUAUAUUAGGGUUGAAGUCAAACACAUCUAGAGAGGGCCUAGUUGGAAAGGUAUUAAUUGCCCAGAAACAUCCAAUAGCUCUCCAUUGCUCCUUUAUGUUGUUAUCUGGAUAUUUAAGAAACCAUUUUAAUGCCUUCCCACUGUUUUCAUCCACUAGUCUUGGUGUAGUUUAAAACAAUCUGAAAACAUCUUGAUAUUUGAUCUAAAAAGUAAGGAACAAAGGAUAUCAUUUCAUUACUGCUUUACCUCAAGAUGCCAUUACAAUGACACAAAUCUUCUUAGUCUCAUGCUGUAUAAAAGGAAAAUAAAUUAUUUGCAUCUUUGCCCCCCCUGCCUGUGUCUUUAAUUCCUAUUCUGUAUGUUUGUCUGAUGAUAUGUAAGCAAAAAAAUUAAUCCAACUCUUUGAGAAAACAAUUGAAAACUUGUUAAAGUUUCUGCAAAUAGGAAAAUUAGAAAAUUCCAAUAUGGCUCCAGUGCUUUAAAAAUGGCAGCAAUCAGGGCCACUAAUCUUGCUGCAGUUUCAAAUGCAUUAGAUCUAAACAAAUACAUCAGUUCACCUGCAAUUUCACAAGAUCCACAACCUGGUGCAGAAUAUGGAGUAUGAAAAGGUUCUUAUGGGAGAGCUAUCAGACUUACGUAACUGCUAAUUAUUAAUUAUUAUUUUCCAUCUCUCUUUACUUCCAUGUAGUGAUCAUUUGGAUUUUUGCAGCCCAGAUUUCAGAUGAGAUUUUCAAAUAUUCUGUAACUAUGUCUGUAUGCAAAAAUAAUAAAACAACAAAAACACUGCAAUCAUAUGAAAUGCAUUAUGUGGGCAUAACCUUUCAACCAGAGUAAACCAAAUGAGGUCAGGAUCUACUUGCAGUCUCUGAUGUACAUUAGGAAAAAAGACUGCUGAAAUAGAAAUAGUAAUAACAGCUUUGGGGAAACUUAGCCCAGGUUGAUGCUGGACCAAAUUUCUGAACUGAGCAUUCACAAAGACCUAGUUUCAUAAUUUUAAAGGUUAUAUUUUUAUAUAAUUAAGUGCUCCACUCUUGAAUUUUUAUAGCUUUAUUUAUUUAUUUGUUUGUUUAUAUUAGCUAUCCAUUUUACCACAAAAUAACUCUGAGCAGCUUACAAUCAUAAAAAAUAAAAAUAUGUAUAUAUAUUAAUCCAAUUACGGAUGGGGACAGCAGAAACGGGGGGAGGUGGGAUCUGUUAUUAAUCCAUCAACCACCUCCACUAUAAUGGAAAAUACCUUGUUUAGUAAAAUAAAGUAGAGGUUGCUAUUGUCCCCUCCUGAAAAUAUAUGGGAAUAACCAGUGGUGGGAUUCAAAUAUGUGAACAAUCAGCUCUCUGUGUGGAUGCUGCUUCCAGAAGUCCAUUCUGGGCCUGGGCAACAAAAAAUUAGCUCCCCGUUCUGCCAAAGUGGUGCAAACUGGCUGAAUCCCGCUACUGGGAAUAACCCCACCACAGCCGACUAAAACAUUUCACUCCUCUUAAAUCAGGGAAGGGAACCUGCCUCCAGAAGUUGUGAAUGCUCCAACACUGGAAGUUUUU